AGAAGAGGAAGAGGAGCCAUCAGUAAACCUAAAAGGGACCCAGUGAUAAACUUCCAAGUAAAGGUGGCAAAAAGGUGUAGUAGGAUAUGUCCCGCAAGCAUAGGAACCAAAGCUAAAGGAGUACCUCCUGGAACAAAUAGAGAAAGGAAGUGUAACCCAUGUAGUUUAAGACCAAGGAGGGUUACCCCCAGUACUAUAGUAGAGCUAAGACCUAGGGUUAAAGCAAGAUGGGCCGUUGCGCAGAAAGAGUAUGGGAUGAGACCUAGUAAAUUAGGUCCAGCCCUCGGCCCACCCUCGGCCCAAGGACUGAGGGCCCUUGGUCCUCAGGCCGGGGGGAGUGAGGGCCCUGGGUCCUCAGACCGGGGGUUGGCUUCCUGGCUCCGGCUCACAUGCCACAAGCGCCGAAGGCUGGCACGCAAUCUUGCCAAGUCUCUGGGCAAGCCUAUGCUUCAUUUUGGGUUCGGCUCUAACCCAGCCCUCGGCCCAGGACUGAGGGCCCUGGGUCCUCAGACCGGGGGAGCUAAAGGGCCCAAGCGGCGGGAGACAGAGGAGCACAAGUACAACACUUACACAGGAAGAGAGGCGUCCAUCCCGUCCUUUUCCGGUGUUCCCUCUAGGCCAGGUUUCCGGUCAGAGUGGCUAGCCCUAGAGGUAUACCCCGAGGCAGGUCCUAACCUCGCUAUCUUCUUCGAGAUACAAGGCAUAAAGCCUAAAGGAGGGGGUAGUGGUAUUAACUAUUUCUUUCAGAUGUUGGCAAUGGCGCAAACUCUCCUGAGGGCGUUGAUUGCGAGCAUGGAAGCGAUGCUAAAGGCAAGCGGGGAGAAAGGACAAGCAUCAGGAUUAGUACCCGUUCUUAACAAGGAAAAGGUGCUUAGUACCUCGUGGAUAAUGCAUGGUAUGGUUCGUUGGGGAAAUCCAGAUAGCCCUUAUGCUCAGGAGCCGGAAUGGUCUUCUGAAGGAGAUACCUCGACUUAUUGUAAACCACGAAUUUCCCUUCCUCCUGGUAUUUUUCCACAAUUGAAGUACUUUAGGAUAUUUUUUAUCAAGAUAUCAUCCUUACUAUUAAGCCUAAUAGAAAAUGUAGGAAGCACUCUAGGUUACCCUGUAGGUAACCCUUCCUUGUCUUUGCGUGGUGAGAUCCAAAUAUUAAAGCAACUCUCCGCUUCUGCAAACCCUCAAGGGAAGAGAGUCUUAAGGACAGAAUCGACAUAG